AGAGCCUUGUUCGAGCAGUUCUCUGAGGUGUUUCCAUUGAAGUUGUUCGGCUACCAGCCAGAUCCUAUAAACUACCAAACAGCUGUGGGCUGGCUGGAACUGCUGACGGGUUUGCUGCUGGUCGUGGGUCCGCCUGUGCUACAACAGAUCAGUACCCUGCUAUUGAUCCUGCUCAUGAUGGGUGCCAUCUUUACGUUGGUGGUUCUGAAAGAGUCACUGAGGACCUCCAUCCCAGCCAUUGUCUGUUUGGGGCUCCUGCUGCUGCUGGAUACCUGCCAGUUCUUAGCUCGGACUAAGACAGUGGUUAGACACCCUAACAAGAAGAUUCCUGGUGCAGUCGGGAAGCCUGGCAGUUGAGUCUUCUUGCCGUGCAUUUACCAAAGCAGGAAGUCACAGAAUAGUGCCUACCACUUUGUUAGGCCCACAGUCAUUCGGUGUAAAAGAUACCUCAUCUAGGUCCCAAUCUCUCCUUAUAACUACGAUGCCCUGUUUUGAGUGGGAUAUUAACAUUCAUGUCAAGUGAAAAGGGGAAAUAAGGAGAACCUAAAACCACUCCAAAUUGUAUCACCCCAUAAAUAAUCAUUUUCAUUUGGUGUUAACUGUG